AUGCCGCUAAAAAGAUCUCGUGGUAGGGAGUCUGUGGAGGAGGAGGGACGGUCCUUGGAUCUGCCGUCCAGGCGAUAUGACCUUCGUGAGAGAGUCAGGGGGAUAGCUGCUAUGCCAGAGCGGAUUAUCCGGGAGGAUGUGCAGAUAAGGGAUGGGAUGAUGAUCGAUUCGGAUUGUGAGGAUGAUUUUGUGAUCACGGGAGUGAGGACGGUGGAGCAGAAGCUGGCUUCGGAGGGACAUGAAAUCGUGAUGGUCCAUGACUAUGUGAGUGUUUCCUCGAAAAGUUCUGCCUCGCCAUCCUUUGCACUUAGCCUAUAUUCACCAAUAUCCUAUGAGUCAGAUCCGAAGGAGGAUCAGGAUCCACCGAUUUCUCCAUACGUCCCGGAGGCUGUUGAUCACUCUCCCGAUAGCCCUUUUGCACUGUUAUGGGAGGGCACGUCCCCCAUACUCCGUUUCGAGGCUGAUAUGAGGGCUGACGCUAUUCCGACCUUUGAUGGGGGCUUCACAUCGGGUAUCAAGAUACUGUUCUGCUUCAUCUGUGGCGAGGAUGGUCAUUACCCGCAAGACUGUCAGUUCUACACGCAGUACAUCCCAUGGCCAUUGCUUGUCUCUACUGUGGAGAGUAUGAGCAUUAUGCGGCUACCUGUAUGCUGA